AUGGCUACGGGUGUGGCCUAUGAUGAUUGGUCUCGAUGCUGCGUCUCGUCUUCUCCGAUACACAUAUACAUAUGUGAAGACGAAAGUGACACAGGUGAUGAGCAAGCAAGAGAGAUGAGGAACAAGGUGAUGAAGCUGAUGGUGGUGAACGACAAGCCUGAAAACUUCUUUCAGGUUUUCACUUUGACGGCUAGAAUUCAUGCUCAAGUUGAAGAAGACUUGAUGAAGAAACACCUAACUGUUCUAAAAGAAGGUGAAGCUGUGAGCGUCAAUACUUUCCAGUUGAAGGACUAUCUUGGGGAAUUUAGGACCAAUCCUUAUCCUUAUAAGAUUACAUUCUUCAGAACAACUAAGGUGAAAGCAGCUGAUGAUUUUCUCGAGUAUUAUCCCAUAAAAACAAAGGGGAAGGAUAACUCAAAGCUUGACAUUAUUCUACGAGAUACAAUGAAUGUUCAUCUGACAUGUACUUUCUGGAGUGACUUUGCGAAGAAAGUGAUGGACUAUACUAAAGAGAACAAUACCACCAUUGUUAUCUGUGUGAUUAAGUUUGCAUGUAUCAAGGAGUACAAAGGUAAUAUCUCUAUAUCAAAUGCGUUCAACUCAACGCAAAUCUUUCUCAAUCCAGAAACUGCCGAAGUGAAAACGUUUACAGCCAUGUUAUCAGGCGACAAUCAAUUGGUCACACAUAGUGACAGCAAAGUGUCAUUUGGAUCUGCAGUUUCACUUCAUGAUGAGAUGCUGGUGAUAAAUCCGAGGAAAACAAUUUCAGGAAUUCUUGAUUCAAGAUCGGUUGGAACCUGUGUGGUUGUAGCCAAAAUCGAUUAUGUUGAUUUGUCAAAAAAAUGGUACUAUGUUGCAUGCGAUGCAAAAAGAAAGUUCAACCAUAUGGAGAUGAUUCUGAUGAUGAGGAUGAUUGUCUUCAACACAAACCUCGAUACAACUGCCCAAAACACAAUGACAUCGAAGAUUUAUUUCUUGAUUCUGCGUGUCUCUGAUGAAUCAGCAUCAAUAACAAAGUUUCUUUUGUUUGACGAAACUGCAAAUAAACUCAUUGCGAGGCCCGCUUUAGAGUUAGUUGAAGAGGCUGCAGAGUCACCUAUUGUGAAGUUUUCUGAUCACGAGUGGGAAGCAGCAGAGGAAUUUUCAAGAACGCCUUCAUCCAAAAGAAGAGAAGAAACUUCGUGUUUGAUGUCAGUUGAGGAUCAGGGUUCUUCAACCAAAAAGCAGAAGAUGAUGCAAGUGAAAGUUGAGCAGCGGAAAGACGCAGGAGUAGCGUAUAUAUUGGGAAAGUCUUACGCAAAGGCGAAGCAAUCUUCUUCCGUGUUGAAGAAGUUAGCGGUGAAUGUUAUGUUUGCGUUUAUGAACACGAAUUGCAGAGGAACAGAUGUUGUGGUUAAUCUUCCUCAUACUUCUCUGCUUCAAAUUGGGAUGGUUUAUUACGUCUGA